GGGGAGGGGCCACGAACGGGGCAAGGAAGUGGGCUAGGAGCAGAGGCGGCUAGUUGCAGACGGGACCGGGAAUGGAGGGCAAGGCCGGGGUCAAGGUCCGGGUCCAGGGAGGAGGUCUGGGGACCGAGAUGCUUAGCCCGGCAGGCCUCGAUGCAACGUUGCAGGGCGACGGCGGCGGCAUGUGCGAGGGCCCGUCCCGCAUCUCGGGGCCCAUCCCUCCAGACCCUACGCUUUGUCCUAACUACUACCGACGGCCGGCCUCGGCCCAAGGUCGCCUUGAGGGAAACGCGCUGAAGCUGGACCUGCUGACCUCGGAACCGGACCUGGACGUCACCCCGCCCCGCGGCCCCCGCAUCCGUCCAGGAGCUGUAGAGAUUCUGGAGCGUGGUCGGCGCGGCGUGGGGGUCAUGUUGAUGCAACUUGGGGCUAUCUCCCUAGGCCCAGGGGCCUCUCCCAAAAAGAAGGACCCUAAAGACCAUGAGAAGGAGAACCUGAGGCGGAUCAAGGAAAUUCAGAGGCGCUUCCGUGAGCAGGAGCGCAGCCGGGAACAGGGCCAAUCCAGGCCCCUGAAGGCUCUGUGGCGCUCACCCAAGUAUGACAAAGUGGAAUCCCGGGUCAAGGCCCAGCUGCAGGAACCCAGCCCUGCCUCUGGGACAGAGCCUGCCCACUUCCUGCGGGCACACUCCCGCUGCGGCCCUGGGCUCCCACCACCCCGUGUCCCCAGUCCUCAGCUAAGCCCACUAGGUCCCAAUGCCAAGGGGCCAGGCCUGGGUGUGGACUUCAUUAGCCACAAUGCACGCACUGCCAAGAGAGCCCCCCGGCGGCAUUCCCGCUCGCUGCAGGUCCUGACACAGGUGCUGGAGCAGCAACGGCAAGCCCAGGAGCACUACAAUGCCACACAGAAGGGCCAUGUGCCCCAUUACUUGUUGGAGCGCAGGGAUCUGUGGCGGCAGGAGGCUGAGGCUCGCAAACAUAGCCAGCCAGACCCUGCCAUGCCCCCUGGCCAUACUCGUAUGCCUGAGAACCAGCGGCUGGAGACACUGAGCAAUCUGCUCCAGAGUCAGAGCCAGCUGCUGCGUGAGCUGGUGCUGCUGCCCGCUGGGGCAGACUCACUGAGGGCCCAGGGCCACCGUGCUGAGCUGGACCGGAAGCUGGUGCAGGCGGGGCCGCGGCUCCCGCGGGAAACCCGGGCGAGGGGUGCUCGGCUAAGUGCAACUGCGGGAAUGGCAGGCACGAGGAGCUUGGUCUUGAGGCCUUGGAUUCGAGAACUGGUCCUGGGGUCAGAGACACUCUCAAGUCCGCGGGCGGGGCAGCUGCUCCAGGUACUGCAGGAGGCCGAGGCCCCGGGCACGUCCCGCGCUCCUGACAAGUCUGAAGUCGGGGCGGCGCUGCUUGUGUCCGACGGGACCCACAGUAUUCGAUGUCAGGUGACGCGGGAGGCCCUGAACGCCUCGGACUGGGAAGAGAAGGAGUUUGGUUUUCAAGGGGCUGAAGGCCGACUGCUGCUGCUGCAGGACUGCGGAGUUCGAAUCCAAGUUUCUGAGGGCGAGGGUGGCCUGCCCUCGGAGUUCUACCUCCAGCUGAACCGCUUCAGCCUGCUGCCCACGGAGCAGCCCCGAGAUUGGGUGACUGGUUGUAACCAGGACCCGGAUGUACAGAAAAAGCUCAGUGACUGCCUGGAGGAACACCUUUCAGAGUUCACCUCUCCCAAUGCAGGCCUUUCACUGUCCCAACUUCUGGAUGAGGUGCAGGAGGAACAAGAGCAUCAGGGGGCACUGGUUCGCCGGGCUGAGAGCUGUCUGAUGCUGUCAGGCCAUUGCACAGCACCCCUGCUCACCUGCUGGGCCACCUCACGCAGCAGGGCCUUGGAAGAAGCUGUGUAUACUGUCCCCAGUCUAUGGCUGCACAUCUCUGAGAAUGACCAGCAGAUCCUGAACUCUCUGGGCCCAGGUCGGAGGGCACAGGGCCCCGAGUUGUCCCCACCAGCCCUGGCUCUUGAGGAACUAUCAUUGACCCUAAUCUCUCCUUCCUCACUCAGUUCCUCAGGAACCCCUAUAUUACCUAGCUACAUGUCGUCAGAGGAAAGUGGUGCCAGUGUCAGCCUUCUGCCUGCCCUGUCCUUGGCUGCUCCAGACCCAGUGCAGGUCAGCUCCCAGCCCCUAUCAGCCAUCUGCUCAGCCCCUGGCCCUCUGUCCCCCAGUUCCCCACACCCCAGCCAUGUAUCCAGCUCCCCAUUCCUGAGCUGCACCCCAAGUCUGUCACCUCUUGGUCACAUUCCCAAGCCACACCAGGGUCAUGUGACCAGGCCCCAGAAAUCUAGCCUGGAGUUCAAGAAGCCAACGUUGCCCCCCAAGAACUGGCUGCAUUCUUCAAAGAUAAGAACCAAUGAGGGAGUCCUGGAAUCCAGUCCUGUCUGGGAGCCCCCAAAGAGGCAUCGUGAUGGUUCUGCCUUCCAAUAUGAGUAUGGGCCACCCUGCACUUCCCUCUGUGCCCAGGUCCAAGGUGCCAGGCUCCCUCCCCAGCUUCUGGCCUGGGCCUUGCACUUUCUGAUGGAGCCACAGCCGGAAUCUGAGCAAACCCAGGUGUGAGGGGUCAUGUGACCACGUGGAAG